GUCUACCAUGUCAUUACCCAACAAACUUUUAUCAACAACAAAUAACGGAACUGGUGCUUUUAUACUUCAAUGUCGAAAACUUGUUUUUAACUAUUGUGAACAUUGGGGUAGUAACAAGGGCAUGGUGAAUUAUAUCAAGAAGGAUCUCGCCAAAUUUGCUAAAGAAAAUCCUCAUAUUGAAAUUGUCGUACAACAACGAAAAGCCCAUCAUCCUAUUAUUCGUGGACAAUACUUGAACGGACGAGAAAAGGUUAUUUGCACACGAAACAUGGCACCCAAUGAAAUUGCAAACAAGGUCAACUUACUUCGAGAUUCUAGUGGUGAAAAAUUAAAGAACCUUACCAAGAAACCUGUUAUUUCUACAACUGAAAGUGUACGUGGUAUUUGGUCACCUUUCCAUUCAAACCCUCAUUCUAUUUAGAUUAUACAUGAUUAUUCCUUUUUGAUCUUUCGUCACAUAUUUCAUUCUUUUUUUUUUUACAACCUUUAUAUAUUACUGUAGAUUAUUUUAUGUCAAAUAAAAGUGUUUUUUUUUUUUCAAAAUA